AUGUCGAUGUCGAUGGACAACGUCCCUACGCUGGGGUCGGCCCUUCUGAGGGGCGACGAGCAGUCGAGGAGCCAGGUCAACUCCCUCCUGCUCGGCCUCAUCCAGUCGUCUACGUCGAGCCUCGACAAUGCCUGCUGGUCUCGAGACGAGGCUCGACGCCGAGGCGGUAAGCGCCGCCAGCGCAAGACCACCGUCGACAAGAAGGACCGCAAGCGAAGGAGGAAGGAGGAGGAGGAGUACGAGGAAGAGGAGGUGGAAGUCGAGACGAAGAAGAGACACAACACGCAACCCGAAGAAGUGCGACGUGUCGACAGAAACAAAAGCGCGGGAAGGCAAACGCACAAGAAGACGCAGCAAGAAUCGAAGAAGAUGAAAGUCGAGAUGCAGAUCACCACCGAGCCUGAGGUGCAGGUGCAGGAGAGGAGCGUCGUGGAGAUUCGAAGGACGGCGAGCGAGGAGGUGUUCGUGCCCAUGCUGCCCACGGCAGACGUCUACGACUACUUCGAUUACCACUACUACCCGCAGUCGGCCUACUCCACCCCGCUGCCCUCGCCCCACACGCGGUCCACCCCCUCGUCGCCGUUCGCUUCGCCCUUCCUCUCCUGCGAGACCCGAAGCUCCAUCCACGUGCCCUUGGCCUCCUUCUCCUACGCGCCCUCGACGGUCGUCCCUCUGCCGCUCGUCCCGUCCAUCUCCUCCUUCGGCGUCCCGUGCCCCAUCGACGCCAUCUGGGCUCUGCCCUCGCGUCCCUCCACGCCCACCCUCGACUACUGCACGCAGUUGCUCCUGCAGUAA